GAGCAUAUCUAAUUUUUUUUUUCAAAUUUUGUAAAAUCCAUUUCCCACACGCAGGAGCCAAAUUGAAUAUCCGGCCGUCGUGUUGAAAAACUUGUGUUUCUGACCAGGCCAAUAGCCCCUUGAAAAUUCCUUACCAGUUCGGGAGACGCGAUGCCGAACGCCGCCAUGGCCGGGACCAAGUUCUCGUCGUACCACCUCGCCGCCGCGCUCCGCCGCGAGCGCGACCCCUGCGCCGCACUCCGCCUCUUCCUCAGCCCGCCGACCACCCCUGUCUCCACCCCGUUCCGCUACUCCCUUCGCUGCUACGACCUCAUCAUCUCCAAGCUCGCCGCCGCGCGCCGGUUCCCGGCCAUGGAGUCCCUCCUCUCCAGCCUCCGCGCCUCCCCCCUCCAGCCUCGCGAGCCCCUGCUCCGCUGCGUCAUUUCCGCCUACGGCCGCGCCCGCCUCCCCGCCGCCGCCCGCCGCGCCUUCGCCCACCCCGCCUUCCCCGGCCCCCGCACCACCCGCGCCCUCAACGCGCUGCUUCACGCCCUCGCCGUCUGCGGCACGCCCCUCGCCGAGAUCCUCUCCGUCUGCCGGGACGCCGCCAUCCCUCCGGACGCGUGCACCUACAACAUCCUCAUGCGAGCGUCUGGUGGCUCGGUCGACCACGUCCGCCUCCUGUUCGACGAAAUGCUGCAGCGGCAGAUCGCCCCGACUGUCGUCACGUUUGGCACCCUGGUUGCCGCGUUUUGCGAUUGUGGUCGGCUCGAGGAGGCGUUCGGCGUCAAGGACGCCAUGGCUAAGCAGUACAAUGUGAGGCCAAAUGCUCAUGUGUAUGCCAGUUUGAUGAAGGGGCUCUGUCAGAGGGGGGAUGUGGACAAGGCGGUCAGGCUCAAAGAGGAGAUGGUGGCGAGCGCAGAUCUUGGGCUGGAUUCCGCCAUUUACGCGACCUUGGUUAGGGCGUUGUUUAGGGGUGGCCGGAAAGGGGAAGUGGUUGGCUUGCUGGAAGAGAUGAAGGGAAGGGAUAUUCAGGCUGAUACAGUGGUGCACAAUGCAAUGAUCGCGGGUUUCUGUGAGGAUGAGGGUGAUGUAGAUGCUGCAUUCGCGGUGCUUGAUGACAUGCAGAACAGCGGGUGCAAGGCAGAUGCAGUGAGUUAUAACACGUUGGUUGCUGGGUUGUGCAAGUUGGGGCGGUGGCGGGAUGCAAAUGACUUGGUUGAGGAUAUGCCUAGAAGGGGAUGCCCUCCGGAUGUGGUGACGUACAGAAUGCUCUUUGAUGGGAUGUGCGUUGCUGGGGCGUUUCAUGAAGCAGAUCAGGUUUUGGAUGAGAUGGUUUUUAAGGGUUUUGCGCCAAGCAAGGAUGGUGUGACCAAGUUCAUUCAGGGAACUGAGAGGGAAGGGGGUGCAGUGUUGCUAGAGUCAGUGUUGUGCCGUCUGGCAAAGGUGAACGCUUUGGAGUCAACUGCAUGGGAGAAAGCUGUCACCAGUGCGCUGAAUGAUCCUGCAGAGCUUAUGAUGGAGAAACAUCUGGAUAAUUUAAGCUUCACUUGACUGGAUAUCUGGAUACUUGAUUAACAUGGUUGUUGUUUUGUAAGUAUGAUUGUGAUGUUUUAUCUACUAAGUCCACUAUGUUGUAUUGCUAGCCAAGGCUACCUAUCAGGUUUUCCUACGCAAUUCAGGGUGGAUGUAGUGUGCAGAUGAGAGUUUAUUGGCGAUAAAAAUACUUCAUACAAGGUUAUAAAAAACCUAUAAAAGGAUUUGUAUACAGUUUCUCUACACUACAUGAACACCAUGUGAACAAAUAUGUAUAGAAGCUAGCAGAAGACACAACGAUGGUUUCCGCUAAAAUAACACAUUUUGUGGCUAUACAUUAAUAAGGGAGUUAUUUACAAGAAUUGGCAAAUGCCAGAAAGAGUGAAGAUAUUGGGGAGAAGACUGACAAGUGCAACAGUUCUAUGGCUAUCUUGUCAAUUUCUACGCCUUUCAAAACUGAAGUAUUCAGUUGGAAACUAAAGUAGUGAGUAUAUGUUUACCACAUCCAUCUCCUGCGCUCUGUGCCACACAGAAUCAGCUCUGUUAGCAGUAGUUCGCAGCCGGAGCCUGGACUGGGCAGUCUCUCCCGUUUAUCUUUGAAAACCCAGGUGUCAUCAUGAAGGUUGUUUUUUUAGGGCCAGAUUUCCUGAACACAAGUUCCUGAACGACAGAAAACCUCAAAGCUUCUGAUUUUUUUGUUGAUAUGGCUAGAAAGAAAUAGACGAGUCUUCAGGCAAGGGGAGCACUCUUCUCCCUGAUUGUCUACAUCUAGGAAGAAGUUUCUGCUUGGAAGGAGGUUCGCCGGUUAAUGUCUAGUAGUUUUUUUUUUCCUGCCUGUAGUCCAACAACCUCCAUCCGUUGAAUAAAAAUCUAGCACUUGCUCACAUAAAAAAGGAACUUCUCCCUCCGUCCCAUAAUAUAAUGGCGUUUUUGACAGUACACCAGGGAGUAUUUGUUUGGCAUAGAACCAGAUCAAGUUUUGUUUCACUCCAGUUUAAACCAUUUUUCUUAGUUAUCCUGCUGCCUUGUGACCAUGAGGUCACGGGUUCAAGUCUUGGAAACAGCCUCUUGCAAAAAUGUAGGGAAAGGAUGCGUACAAUAGACCCAAAGUGGUCGGACCCAUCCCCGGACCCUGCGCAAGCGGGAGCUACAUGCACCGGGUUGCCCCUUUUUUUUUUAUCCUGCUGUUCCCCAUAUAAAUUCUUGUGAUUAUCGGAUAUGCAGACUUUCCAUAGUUGAUUUCCAACUUCCAAUUUUGAUUCUCUUUUAGUCAUACAAUCGACAUGUAAAAUAAAAUCAGUACUGCAUUAAGGUAUGUAUCAUUGGUAAAUGGUAAAUAAAUAUCCUGCACCAUUAGCAUGUAAUUGGAUCAUUAGUCUUUGGUGCAAAGUAUGCCAUGACCUCUAGGGCCAUUUUGUUUGGACUCAAAUGAAUGCUUUUAAUGUCACUUUCAUCAACUCAUUAGCUGAUUCUUUCACUUGUUUAGUAUUUCGUAUUAAUGGAAAUAUGAGGUUGGUAAGCAAUACUCUGGACACGCCUGUAAUUUUUUCUUUCUGUGUUGGUUCUAAGAAUAUGUCCUGUUCCAGCCUAUCGGAAACUUGCUCGGAGCUAUCAUCCUGAUGUAAACUAGUAAGUUUAUUAAUCACUAGGUUGUUGCUUUUCAGCUCCUUAUAACACUUUUGUUUCAACAAUGCGGUUGCUGCCGACCAUCCAGAGCACGCUGGAGACACGGUUUGAACUCUGAAAGUUGACUUCAUCCGGGAAGAGAAAUGGUUGGUCGGUUCAGAAGUUGCAUGUCUAAAGUCAUCGCGCCGAAGCUCCUUCUACUUUUCUUUCACAAGUGAACUGAAACUAUUCCCAAUCCAAAACAUGUCAGGCUAACUACCCAGCUCUGUAUACUCAGAGAAUUUACAUCAGAUCUGGUGACGCGCAAAGGACCGCGAGAACAAUGGCGGACAGAAGAGUGGAGGCAGCCAAGGAGGCCACGUGGCGACACCCGACGCCGUAAGGCUCGAGGGUGCCGCUCGGCCCGAAGCUCCCGCUCCCGGUUAAGCUCCCGGGCGGGCCGAACGUCGACGGCGGGCUGCCGAACACAGACGGGGGACUGAAGCCAGACGGUGGUCCGAAGCCACCUGCGGGAGCGUCAAAGCUCGUCGGAGGUGCCGUGUCGGCUGCCGGGGGGCCGAAGUCGGACGGAGGGCUUGAGCUGACCGGAGGAGUGAGAUCGUCUGACGGAGGGGCGCCCAGGCUCGUCGGAGGGCUGGCGCUCGGCACGCUCGAGUUGGAGGUGGAGUCUCCUGCCAUGGUGCUGCAAGCAAGAAAUUGCUACCGUGUCAGAUUUGGUACAAUGCGCUGACUAUUUGAGGUAUCGCGAGAAGAGAAAUGGUGCCCAGUGCUCACCUUCCUGCGAAGACGCACGAUCCUGAGCCUGCAACGAGCAAUUAACAUGAAAGAAUCAGAGGCGAUCCAUGGUGGUA